UUUUUCUGGUUUUUUUUCUACUACUGAUGAUGAAGAUUUUCUGGCUUCAUUUUCUCACAAUGUUUAUCAUAACUUUCGGGAAAUGAUUUUUAAUCCUCCUAAUUCAAUUCCGUUCACAUUUUCCCCCUUUUUUUAUGUCGAAACAUAUCUACCAAAUAGUUUUGUUGUUUGCUAAUGGAAAUAAAUAUAAAUCCAACAUCCAGGCGUGGUCGUCGGCACCAAAAGAAAGUUUUUCAUAUUCUUCAAGAUAUAAGAUAUACAGACUGCGAUGAUCAUCUUCUGAAACAUAUGUAUGUUUGUAUUGAUGAAGCAUUCAAAUCCAACAUUUCGAAAUUUUUUUUUUUAAACAAAUUAGAUUGCCGUUAGCCAAGUAUGAACAAUCCAUGCAUACAACCACACACACACACACACACACACACACACACACCCACAUGCAGCUCCACCUGAUAAUACGCCCAGCUAUCUUUUUUGUUGUGAAAAAUGAGGGAAUGUGAAACUACCAUAAUCUGGCGCGUUUGUUCACAACAUCACAUCGCAACAAUUUAUAAUUUUCAAAUAGCAUUCAAUCCUGGGAUUUGUGUAUUGGAUGAUGAUCAAAACUUUUUUUUUUUUUUUUUGUUAGAUCCAAUACUACCAGAGAACUACCGGUGUGUGGUGUAAUUUUUUUUUUUUGAAAUUGUGAUUUUUUUUAUACAUCAUCAUCAUCAUCAUCAUCAUCAUCGUAAUCAACAGAAUCACUGAUAUCGUUGAUUGUGGAUAAUCUUUCAUCAUUCAUGUUGUUGUUUUUGUGUUCCGCAAAUUUCAUCAUGUAAUGGAAACUGACAAUUUAAAAUUUUUUUAAUCAACACUGCCUAUAGUAUACUAUAGUUUUUCAUUAUUAUUUUUUUUCAAUUUUGAUUCACAAAAAAGUUCAUCAAGUAAAUUAUGAUGAAUUCUUCACAAAUAUUGUAUUCAUCAAUCCUAUUAUUAUUUGUAAUUGUUUUUCAAUCGACCACUGCCGAUUCACCAAUACAGCCACCACCACAGUAUAGAAAGAAUUGCCAAUGUUUUGCAUCCAAAUGUUAUUGUAUUGGAGAAGUUGGUGAACCGGGGAAUCCUGGUAUUGUUGGUUUUCGCGGCGUUCAAGGUCAACCAGGAAAAAUUGGCCCGCCCGGUUUUAAAGGAAAUCGUGGUCAAUUCGGGUUAUUAGGUGAUAUUGGCGAUAUAGGACCAAAAGGUAUUCGUGGUGAUAUGGGCGUACGUGGAUUUGAUGGCCAAAUCGGUUUGGCUGGUUCGCCUGGUCUUACGGGCGAAAUGGGCCCAACAGGUGUCGAUGGCUGUAACGGAACUGAUGGAAUGAUGGGCCUUCCGGGUCCAAACGGAUGGCCGGGACUUGUUGGCCCUCCAGGUAUUUUUGGACCACGAGGUCCAAAGGGUGAACCUGGUGAUGGUGGAUAUAACUCAUUUGGCACUAAAGGAGAUGCGGGAGACGCAGGACGAGCUGGUUUCCCUGGCAUUUCCGGUAGAGUGGGUCCCAUCGGUUUGGUGGGUGAUGUUGGAUCACCUGGUAAAAGGGGUCCAAAAGGUGAUCCAGGUGAUGUUGGUCCUGCCGGUUCAUCAGGACCAGAAAGUCGUGCACCAAAAGGUCUAAAAGGAGAAAAAGGUCCCGCAGGCGAUAUUGUUUACUUAUCUAUCCAAAAAAACAAAACCAUCAUACCACCUAGUGCUCAAUUAAAAGGGGAUAAAGGCGAAAAAGGUGAAAAAGGAAUGAAAUCACUUCCGGGUAUACAAGGCCGAAAAGGAGUAAUGGGUCUACAAGGAGUUAAAGGAAUUCGAGGCCAAAAAGGAGAACGAGGUGAUGAAGGACCACGGGGCGAGCCAGGAAAUCAAGGACAGACCGGAAUUCACGGAGAAAAAGGACAGAAAGGGGAACCUGGUCUCGAAGGUUUAGUCGGUUUUAUGGGACAAAAAGGUGAUCAAGGAAAUCAAGGCCUUUCCGGAAGAGUUGGUCCUCAGGGGGAUCCGGGACCAAAAGGUAAACUCAUAGAAGUUGGUGUCUCGUUACCUGGCCCCCAGGGUAUACAAGGUCCGCCGGGUGAAAGUGGUUUUCCAGGCCAAUUCGGUCCUUCCGGUCCGAUUGGUUCCAUCGGUUACCCAGGAAGUGCUGGCGAGCCCGGUCCAGCCGGAAAUGAUGGGUUGUUAGGCAAGCCAGGACUUAGUCCUAUCGGCGAUCGCGGUGAUGACGGUUUACCUGGAAAUUCCGGAAAUUCUGGGCGUGUUGGUUUUACGGGACUUCAAGGAAUUAAAGGCAAUAAAGGUGAAAAAGGCGAAAAUGUCUAUGGUCCACGUGGCGAAGCCGGAAAUGAUGGAUUGUAUGGAUUGCCUGGCCUACCAGGAAUUCGGGGUGAUAAUGGCGCUACAGGUGAUGCUGGUUAUCCUGGACAAGGUGUACCGAAAAUGGGCAGGCCAGGUGAAAACGGAUUGCGUGGCGAACCUGGUGAUGUCGGCGAUGAUGGAUUAAAUGGAUUACCUGGUAUACCUGGACCCAAAGGUGAAAAAGGCUGGGAUUGUGUUUCAUGUCCACCGGCAUUAAAUGGAGAAAAAGGAGAAUCUGGUGAAUUUGGCAGAGAUGGAUUUUUCGGGGCUCCUGGUUUCAAUGGGGAUUCUGGUUUAGCCGGUUUAAAAGGGUCAAGCGGAAUCGCUGGGUUGCCUGGUUAUUCUGGUGAAAAAGGGGAUUUGGGUAGCGAUGGAAUUUUUGGCAGAAAAGGUCCUAAAGGUGAUCCAGGUGAAGUCAUUUCUCUGGGCUUUGUAACAAUUGGUGAUAUUGGGGAUCCUGGCCAAAAAGGCGAAGCUGGAGAAUCGGGAAUUGAUGGAAAAACCGGCGCUUCUGGUCUGAACGGUUUGUUUGGAUUAAAAGGAGAUCAGGGAGAAUUCGGGGACCCUGGUAUUGCGGGACAAUCUGGGCCCGAUGGUAUAAAUGGCACGCCAGGGGUUCGUGGCGAAAAAGGCACAACUGUUUAUGGGCUACCCGGUUUACAAGGUCGAAUCGGAGAAAAAGGACAGAAAGGAAUGAUUGGUGAUUAUGGUUUCAAAGGCAUGAAAGGCGAUUCAUUCUAUGCACCCGAUCCAAUUGUAUUGCAAGCAUUCAAAGGAAAGCAAGGUCCACAGGGUCCCAGAGGCGAUAGAGGUGAUGCGGGUAUAAUCGGGAUAUCCGGAAGAGAUGGUAAAAAUGGCCUGCCCGGAAUGGCGGGCUAUAAAGGCGAUGCGGGUCGAAACGGAAUUUCACAAGCUGGUCCAAUGGGAUUCAAAGGUUAUCAAGGUUUCGCCGGGGACCCUGGUAAUCGCGGAAAAAAGGGCGCAAAAGGACUAACAGGAAAACCUGGUUUGGCUGGAUUCCCUGGUGAAAAGGGCGUGAUGGGUGAUACUGGCGAUGAUGGCGAAAUGGGGUUACCUGGAUUGAAUGGGCGACCUGGGCCCAAAGGUUUUUACGGCGAUAUUGGACCAAGAGGGUGGGUGGGAUUUAAUGGCGACGCAGGAGACCCUGGAAUGGCUGGUCCAAAAGGAGAUGAUGGUCGGCCCGGUCUUUCGGGUUUAAAAGGAGAAAAAGGAUCAAUUGGCCCAACGAUGGCAGGAAGUCAAGGUUUGGCCGGUAAACCUGGUCGUAAUGGCGUUGAUGGUGAAAAAGGUGAUAUCGGUGAUGAAGGAGUUGCCGGAGCACCAGGAAUGUUUGGUCCAAAAGGUUCCAUCGGUGAUAUUGGAAUAAAUGGCGUAAUGGGUGAACCUGGGCGCCAUGGAAAAGAUGGCCAUCGCGGGCUAGACGGUCUAGAAGGAGCAAGAGGAUUACCCGGCUUAAAAGGUGACCCUAAUUUCGGUCUUCCUGGUCCGAAUGGUGUUUCAGGCGAACACGGCCAUUAUGGUCCAAAAGGCAUCAAAGGUGAUACCGGAGAUCCAGGCUUAUCAGCAAGUUUUUAUUCUCUUCCUGGAGAGAAAGGAGAAAUUGGGGAUCCGGGCGAUUCUGGCUAUCCUGGACCAAAAGGAAUAUCUUUGUAUGAUAAAGGAAUCAAAGGGGAAAUGGGCGACAAUGCUCCUCCUGGAUUAAAAGGUCCGAAAGGCGAAUUAGGCUAUCCUGGAAUUUUGGGUUAUAAAGGAAUAAAAGGUGAACCUGGUCAAAUUAUCCGAGGAACAAAAGGCGUCAAAGGCGAUCAUGGUGAUAAUGGAAGAAUCGGUUUACCAGGAAUCGAAGGUCCGAAAGGAACGAUUGGUGAACGCGGAGAUGAUGGAUUUAUUGGGCCAAUUGGAGAACAAGGAUCCGUCGGUGAAUACGGUCGAAUUGGCCCGGUUGGUAGAAAUGGAUUUCCUGGUUUGCCAGGAUUGAAGGGUUCUAAGGGAGAAAGCGGACCACCUGGAUUAAAAGGUGAAAAAGGAAAUCGCGGGCUUAAUGGGAACCCGGGCUUAAUGGGAAUCGCUGGUGCUCGAGGAGAACCAGGAAUAAAUUCACAAAUGAUUAAAGGCGAUAAAGGCGAUCCAGGACCAAGGGGGUUACCUGGAUUAAAAGGAAUGAGCGGGGAUUCAGGUUAUCAAGGUGUUGCGGGUUUGAAAGGAUCAAUCGGUGACACAGGAUAUUUAGGACUUCCGGGACUUGAUGGUCUUAUUGGGUUGAAAGGCAUACAAGGCGAUCAAGGUUUACCUGGAAGAGUUUUCAACAUUACUGUUGCUCAACCACCAAACGUAAUUGGAGAUCAUGGCCUACCAGGUUUACCAGGACCGGCUGGAAAACCAGGAACAUUUGUUGUUGGUGAAAAAGGCGAAAUUGGACAUGUUGGACGGACUGGAUUGCCUGGGAUACCUGGUGCUAAAGGUCAAACCGGCCCAGCUGCGAUUCCUGGAAUUUCUGGCAUUAAAGGAACCAAAGGGGACCAGGGUUUAGCAGGUUUGGUUGGAAGGCAAGGACUUGUUGGACUUCAAGGUUGGAGAGGAAAUAAAGGAUUAUCCGGUUUGAAAGGCUAUAAAGGCGAAAUUGGUGAUAGUGGGUUUCCUGGAUUUAGCGGACAAGCAGGCCCAAUGGGAGAUAGUGGAGAUAGUGGUUUCGCCGGAAGAGAUGGUCUUCAAGGAAUCAAAGGAAUGAAAGGUUAUCCUGGUGAUUUAGAUCGUGACAAAAUUGUAAUCAUGAAAGGAGAGCGCGGAGAUUUUGGUGAUGCUGGCCCACAGGGCAUAUCCGGUAGAGCUGGAGCUUCCGGUUUUAAAGGAUAUAUCGGCGAUAAAGGCAUGGUUGGAAUGGCUGGGCAACCUGGCCAAUACGGUCUCAAAGGAAUCAGAGGCGAUCCAGGAUUCAUUGGUCUAAGCGGAUUGCCGGGACCGGUCGGGGACCCUGGUUUACAGGGUGAAAAAGGAGCCAAAGGCACCAGAAUAAAAACGAUUGGUUAUUAUUUCACUCGUCAUAGUCAAAAUAUUCAUGAUCCUCCUUGUCCAAAUAAUUCGACGCCAAUGUGGACCGGUUAUUCACUCCUAUACAUUAUGGGAAAUGAAAAAGCUCACGGCCAAGAUUUAGGAAGCCCUGGCAGUUGUCUUCGUCGUUUCAGCACAAUGCCAUACAUGUUCUGCACGAUCAAUGAAGUUUGUAAUUUUGCAUCAACCAAUGAUUAUAGUUAUUGGCUAAGUACCGAUGAACCAAUGCCAAUGGAUAUGCGGCCAAUUCGAAAUGACCGUAUUCGAAAUUAUAUUGGAAAAUGUUCGGUCUGUGAAUCCACUACACAAGUUAUUGCUAUUCAUAGCCAAAAUACCAUGGAACCAUUCUGCCCCGGUGGUUGGCAAAGUCUUUGGACUGGUUACAGUUUUUUCAUGAAUACCGAUAGUGGUGGUGAAGGCAGUGGUCAAACAUUAUCAUCACCUGGAUCAUGUUUGGAACAAUUUCGACCAAAUCCAUUCAUUGAAUGUCAUGGACAUGGUAGCUGUAAUCUAUAUAGUACAGCUAAUAGUUAUUGGUUAUCAUCUAUCGAUCAUAACGAUCAAUUUAGGAUACCUGAAUCGGAAACAUUUAAAGCUGGUGAUUUAACCAGAAAAAUUUCUCGUUGUCGUGUUUGUAUGCGCGUAAUCUAACAUCGUAAAGAAUCAUUUUAAUGCUUGAAAAUGGCCAAUUAAAUUUUUCAUUUUUUGUUAAUUAAUUGAUGAUUAUAUUUGAUUUGAAUAAAAUUUGUUCAGAAUCGUA